AUGUUAAAAGUCCUCUCUCUAUCUGAUUCUGAUGAUCUGUCCAUCCACCGUCUCGUCUGCAUGCAGGAGCAGGGACGACCUGGAGUCGUCUAUAUAUCCAUCUUCUCCCAACUCGAGCUAUAUGGAUCGGAGGACGCACGACGGCACCGAAUUGAAGAAGCUGCUGCAUCCUGCUCCGGCCGCGUGAGCCCCGCCGACGACGACGUGCUGGACGCGUACACGCUCCUCAACGACAUGGGCCUGCAGAGCCUCGCGGCCGCCGGACUCGUCCUGCUCCUGCUCUACCUCACCGGCCGCUUCCUCUGGCUCUACAAUAAGGACGCCGCUCAGGCAGAGGCAGCAGCCGCAUCAGCAUCGUCCCCGUCCUCCCGGCGGCGGCGGCCGGCAACAGCGGCUGGUGCGUCGACGACGUCGCUGCCAGCAGCAGCCUCUCCUCCGCCCCGCCGCGCCAUGCCGCUGUCGUCGUCGUCGUCUCUGCUCCCGGUGUUCUUCGUCCUGAACGUCGGCGUGCCCGCCGGGCCCGGCGCGGAGACUGCGGAGUGCGCGGUGUGUUUGACGGAGUUCGGGGAGCGGGAGGCCGGGCGGCUCCUGCCGGGGUGCGGCCACGCCUUCCACGAGCAGUGCAUAGCGACGUGGCUCCGGGUCAGCACCACGUGUCCGCUCUGCCGCGCCCCCGUGGCUACCAAAUAA